AUGAAAGCAACAUCUUUAAUUCUUAUUUCUCUUGCAAUAAUAGCAACAGUUAAUGGUUGCAGUGAUGCUAAUGCUACAGCUGAUGGCUCAAAUGUUUGCUAAUGCAAUGCUGGUUAUUAUGGUACUUCUUCGGAUGUAAACCCAGGUGGUUCUUGUUAAUAAUGCCCAACUGGAUCUACUUCUGCUCAAGCAACUGGCCCAACUACAAUUAGCGCUUGUAAUUGUAAUGAUUCUAAUGCUACCAUCAAUAGUGGAAAUACAGCUUGUGUUUGUAAGGCUAACUAUUAUGGUACCCCUGCUAAUACAGGUGCAAGUGGAUGUACUCAAUGCCCAACUGGUACCUCCUCAACUGCUGGUUCAACAGUUGUUACUUCAUGCACUUGCAAUGAUACCAAUGCUAUCCUCAACAGUGGAAAUACUGCAUGCUAAUGUAAUGCUAACUUCUAUGGUACACCUACUAAUACUGGUGCUAGUGGGUGUAACUAAUGCCCAACUGGUUCCUCCUCAACUGCUGGUUCAACAUCUGUUACUUCAUGCACUUGUAAUGAUGCUAAUGCUGUUCUCAAUAGUGGAAAUACAGCUUGCUAAUGUAAGACUAACUUUUAUGGUACACCUACUACUUCUGGCGCCAGCGGAUGUAAUUAAUGCCCAACUGGUACUACCUCUAGUGCUGGUUCAACUGCUGUAUCCUCAUGUGCUUGUAAUGAUAGUAAUGCUGUUCUUAAUAGUGGAAAUACUGCUUGCUAAUGUAUGGCUAAUUAUUAUGGUACUCCAACUAAUUCAGGUGCAAGUGGAUGUACUCAAUGCCCAACUGGUACUUCCUCAACUGCUGGUUCAACAGCUGUUACUUCAUGCACUUGCAAUGAUACUAAUGCUGUCCUCAACAGUGGAAAUACUGCUUGUCAAUGUAAUGCUAACUUCUAUGGUACACCUACUAAUUCUGGCGCUAGUGGCUGUAAUGCUUGUCCAACUGGAGCUUAUUCUUCUGCAGGUUCCACCUUAUUAAGUUAAUGUUCUUGCAGCGAUGUUAAUUCUUCCUUUAACAGUGUAAAUACUGCCUGUUAGUGCAAUGUUAACUAUUAUGGUACACCUACUACUACUGGCCCCAGCGGAUGUGCUUAGUGUCCUACUGGAACUACUUCUAAUGCUGGUUCAACUGUAAUUGCUUCUUGCACCUGUAUGGAUGCUAAUGCUUCGCUAAGCACAGAUAAUCCUCCUGUUUGCUAGUGUAAUGCCAACUUCUAUGGCACUCCGACUACCUCAGGUGCUAGUGGAUGCACUCCUUGCCCAGAUGGAUAAAAUUCUCCUGCUGGCUCUGCUACUAAUGUUUGUGCUACCAGCACUACUUCUUCCACUUAUAUUUUACCAAUAAUCUAAUUACUUUUAUGUUUGGUAGUUCUUAUUUGA